AUGGAAACCAAUGUUGAUUCCGCAAAAUGGUCUGAUAGCCGGAAACAGGCUCGCAAGCGUUCGAAGUUGUGGAUCGCAGCGAGCAUUGCAGCACUCUAUGUGACAUGGAUGGUGAAGCCUUUCACCACAGAAUCACAAUUCGAUCGUGUGCAGCAAUGUUCGAUAGACAACUUGCACAAAGAUCUCUACUUUCUGGAGAAUGCGCGCCCAAUCGAAGCUCAAGAAUUCCUUGACAGACGCGACAAUCUAGCUAAAGCCUUACAUGUCUCUGGUGUUGAUGGGUUUGUCCUUGAGCCAGGAUAUACGUUUCAAUACUAUGCGAACAUCUCGCAACCACAGUGGGAGCCAUGGGAGCCAGAAGAACGUCCUUUCCUGAUGAUUGUACAACCCUCUCUGAACACCAGUACAGGAGAAGUCAAAGCCAAAACCUCUUUCCUAAGUCCACAUUUUGAAGAAGGCAGAGUGAGAAUGCUAGGUAUCCCUUCCGAAGGUGAACUCGAUAUCAUCGUUUGGGAAGAACACUGGAACCCUUACCGCACUCUCAAAGACAGUCUAUUUCCUGACAAGAACGCAACACUGAUGGUUGACGAAGAAAUUCGCGAUUUUCUUGUACGAGGGCUGGAUGCUAAUGGCUUCAAGACAGUCGGUCUUGGUGGUGAAGUCGAGGCUGUGCGUCAAGUGAAGACUCCUGCUGAGAUCAAAUUGUUACGAGCAGUCAACACAGGGACUAUCGAGGGUAUUAGAGCUAUGCGACCAUGUCUGGAGCCAGGCUUGAUAGAAAACGAUGUCAUCAAGAUUCUCGACAACACUUUGAAGACCAUCGGCUUCGACCUCUUCUUCGAUAUCGUGUUGUUCGACGGUAACGCAGCUCUGCCCCAUGGCGGCUUUGCUACUGGAGACAAGGUUCUGACUCAUGAGACAAUGGUCUUGAUCGAUGCUGGGUAUCACUAUAUGGGCUACUCAUCUGACGUCUGCCGAAGCUUCUUCAUCGAUCCUCCAACCAAGUCUUUCCUUCAUCGCCUACUGCGUCUACCUACGCCAGAGAUGCAGAAGAGCGAGCUGCACGCCGAGAAACUCAAGGUGUGGGAUAUUGUGUUGGAAGCUCAGACAGAAGCCGGAAAAAUGUUUGUACCGAAUGGAACAGCAGCUAGCGUUGACAUCGCAGCCAGAAAAGUCAUCGAUGAUGCUGGCUAUCAAGGAACCUUCACUCACCGCUUAGGACAUGGUAUCGGAAUCAAAGCACACGAGUCACCUUACUUGAACAAGGGCAACCACAACACUCUGCUGCGAGCGGGAAUGACGUUCACCGCUGAGCCGGGAAUCUACCUCGAGAACAAGUUUGGUGUCAGACAUGAGGAUAUCUAUCUUGUCAAGGGGAACGGGCCUGCAGAGGUUAUCAGCGGGAAGCGUGCUGUAUCGCCUUACGAUCCUUGA